AUGCUGCUGAACCACACCAACCAAACAGAGGAGGAUCUCUUCUCCUGCUACAGUCCUUCAGUCGUAGGCUACAGGUACUUUGCUGUGCUGUGGGGAUGUGCCGUGACGGUCACUGGUACUGUGGGGAACAUGAUGACUAUCCUGGCCUUCACCUUAGACCCACGACUGAGGACACGCUUUAAUGUGCUGAUCGUCAACCUGGCUGUAGCUGACCUCCUGUACUGCCUCAUACUGCAACCCAUCUCUGUUGACUCCUAUCUUCACCUCAGGUGGCGCAGUGGUCAGCUCUGGUGCAGCCUCUUCGGCUUGCUCCUGUUCCUCUCCAACUCUGUGUCCAUUAUCACCCUUUGCCUGGUGGCAGGGAGCAGAUAUCUCCUGGUAGCAAAACGGACGGUGUUUGAUCGUGUUUUCUCUGAUCGUGGUCUCAUUUUACUCCUGUUCUCAACAUGGGCACUGGGGCUGGCCAGUUUUGGUCCACUCUGGCCUGUUUUUGUGUUUGUGCCGCAGGUGUGCACAUGCAGCUUCCAUCGCACUAGGGGACAACCCUACACCACAAUCCUGCUCUUUUUCUGCUUUUUUGUUGGCCUGGGCUGUGUUGGUGCAUUUUACGUGCGCAUUUACAAACAUGUCCAGGUUGCCUCACAGGCUCUGCAUCGCCACAGGAGGAAACCAGCUUUUUCAGGACAAGGGAAGGAUGACAGUGGUGUAGAGAGUGGCACGGUGAACACAUGUAGCUGUGAGAUGAGCAGCCAGGCAGAUACAGCACAAAAUCAGAAUGAGGUCACCUCCAAGAGAACCUCCCAGUUUACCCAGAGCCCUGCCACUGCUCUGAGUUCACCAGCAGCUGACAGGUAUCAGCCUGAUACCAUCUUUGCACCAACUUCAUCAACAACUGCAGCAUCUUCUGGCAAGUCAGCGACCUCCGGAGAUGAUGGUGAAUAUAGGCGUGUAACCUGCAUGUGCUUUACUGUGUUUCUGUGCUUCGUGGGCUGCUUCAUUCCCUUCCUGUUGCUCAACAUAGUUGACAAACACAACCGUGCCCCACAGGUACUGCACAUGUUCUGUGCAAACCUCACCUGGGUCAACAGCUGUAUCAACCCCGUGCUCUAUGCUGUCAUGAACCGACAGUUUCGACAGGCCUAUCAUUUGCUGCUCACGCGGGCCGCUGCGCCCUUCACAGCUCUGAGAGCCUGACUUCAUGAGACACAAGCACAGAGCUGAUAUAGGGCCACGCGGUUGAUGUAAUGGUUAGCACUGUUGCCAUUGCAGCAAAAACACCCCAGUUCUGGGUCACGAAAGCGGAACAAGGGCCUUUCUGCAUUGCGUUUACGGUAAAAUAAAUAAAUAAAAUAACAAACACAGAUUCACCUUAAAUGGGCAUUGUACUUGUCAAUAGAAAGUGACAGGAGUAAGGCAGAGGGACCUGACGCAUGAUAAUAAAGUAAACAAAGUUAAAGCGCAAGUUAAAAAUUAAUUAUUUACUUUACAUUCAACAACUGCUGCAUUAAAGGUCCAGCGUGUCA